AUGAUACGAUCAAGUUUAAAUUUGAUAAUAGCGUGGAUAACAAUUUUUUCCCUGACGUCUUCGGUAUGUCCUGGAAUUUUUACACAUAAUGAAAUGAAUACAUACCCCACACAACUACGGAUAUGGCAACACGGGGAAUAUAUCGAUGGGACAGUGGUUCUUCGAAUUAUUAAUAGGGAUAGUAAUAAAACAUCUCUUACUGGAGAAGUGUGGACGAGACCAAUGUUAUCUUUACGCAUUAUUCAUCCCAAUGGAACAGUCAAUGAAUUAAACAUAGACAAAGACCUAGAGAUUCAAGAAUUUAACUGGCGCAUUUUUACAAUUCCUGGUGUUAGUGGUUUCCAGGACCCUAUAAGUAUAUAUGCGCUUCAUAGGGGCUACUUAAUUGUUAGAUACUUUAAAGCUUUAGAUGAUACCAAUUUUACAACUUACGAAGAAUGGGGACGUAUUAUUGAUUGGUAUGGCAAUUUAUAUAGUGAAGUAAAUUUCGGGGAUGCUUUCAUCUUGAAUGGUACAUGGUACACAUCAUUAACGGCGAUAAUAACUAACGUUGAUCCAUCCAAAGGUUUUAUAAGGACAGCUGGGGAGAAUUCAUCUUUUGUCGACUGGCAACAAUAUAUGAUAGAUGAUAAAUUAAAUCUUGUAAAGUUAUCAGAAGGAAAUGUUACACUUCCCAUGGAAGAUGGAGCUGCUGCAAUACUUAAUACCGUAGCUACUGUUGACGAGGGUUAUAGCAUAAUUCUGGGAAAUUCCACCUCCAACUCCGUUAAUCCCGACGAUCCUUUGGAAGUUCAAGCCGCGGUGUAUGAUUUAAAAAUAGGAUAUAAUGAAACAGAAUUUAGUGCACCAAAACUGCUUUACCAAUUACCCUUACCUAAUAUUACAAUAUCUCAAAUGUUUUGUAGUAUUUCAAGUACUGGGGCUGGACAAGUUUGUUUACUUAACGUCAGAAAGGUCGUCACACAGAACAAUGGCACACAGAACAAUGACACACAGAGCAAUGUCACUGUCAAUAAUUAUUAUGUGAAACUUGAUUUCUUAAUAUCUGGCUCUGUAACAAAAAUCACUUCAUUACACAAUUUACCCUCAUUACACCCAAAUUCUACUACAGGAUGGCUGAUAGAAUCUAUUCCUUUAGGUGGUUAUUUAUUCUAUGGUUAUUUUAAUGCAAGCAGUAUCAAUGCUUAUGGAUACUAUUAUGACGAAAUCGCAAAUAAUUAUGAGGAAUGGGAUUUUCCAGAUCCGACCGUUUUAAAUAUCAGAGGAACUUUGAUAAUUCUGCCUAAUAAUACUCUGUUAGUGGCACCUACAGAAAAUAAUAAUACGUGGAGUUUUAAUACCGCUGAUAUGCCUAAUUACUCAGGAUUUUCGGAUAAUGGUUAUUCAAAUCUUCUAAUAGAUUCUACAAGUCCCCAAAUUAAUUAUAAUAUUACAAAGGAUACGAAGGACAUUAAUAUCACAUAUCAUCAACCAGUAGAACUUUCUGAUGGAGAUGGAUUUAUUUGGAUCUAUCGAAUUGAUGACAAAUUUACUACUCAAAACAUUACUCGACAAUUUGUUGGUAGCAACAAUGAUGAACUUUGUUCCAUCUCUGAUGAUUCAUUAACUGUAACUGUAAAAGUUAUCAAAAGUACCUUUAGUUACCCUAAUAGCCAAUAUUAUGUUAAAGUUGACAAUAACUUUGUAAGAAGCAAAGAAUACGGUGAACCCUUAAUGGGUAUAUAUGAUAAUAUUUGGAAAUUCAAUACAAGUUCAAUUGAAGAACCUUAUGCAGGCACAACAUCUGGAAUGAUGCGUUUAACUAUAGAAGGCACCCAACACUACUAUAAUCUUAAUUCAACUGGAAGAACUAAUUUAUUUCAAGAUAUAAUAAUUGAAUUAUCUAAAAUUCUUUCUAUUAGUUCUAAUCGACUAAGUACAAGUGAGAAAUGUCAAGUUGAUAACACUAUUAAACCUAAUCGUCAAAUAUUCAUUGAACUUAGAAUUCAAUCAUCCAGAACUGAAAGAAGUGUAAAAUCUAUUAUAGAUGAUUUAAAUGAGAUGAUUAGAAAUAAAAAAAUAACUGCCAUUAGUUUAUUCCCUAUCACGAAAUAUUUAGAUGAAAAUUAUGGAUUUAUACAAAAACAAAACUUAUGGAAAGAAUACUGGUUGAGAUUUACGGGUGCUAUCAUAGCAUUUGGAGUUUUAUUGAUUCUUUUCGCAAUAGCAUGGAAAAAAGAUAAAAAAAGAGAGGGUCGUAACUUGGCUGUUUUACAACUUGGAUUAAUUAUUUUUGAUUUUGUAAUGGAUACCCUUUUCGUCGUUUUCAAUGAAAACAAAAAACCAAAAUUCAUGAAAUGGUUCAUUCAAUAUGGAAGGGUGGUAUCAAUAUUUACAGUUUUAUCAGGUGCUGAUAUUGAAGCAUUAAGUAUUCUCUAUUCAACUCUUGCCGGGUUUGAAAUUUUCAAUGCUCCAUUUUCAAAUAAAGGAAAAAGUUUAAUCUUUUGGGGUUCUUGGUUAAACAUUUUUGUUGAAGAUAUACCGCAAGUGAUCAUUCAGAUAUUAUACCGUACAAGUGUGGUUAGAUAUGAUGCAAUUCCUCUUCUUACACUCAUCUCUUCAAGUCUUAACUUAUUAAUAAAUAUUAUUGGCAGAUUAUAUCAAACAAUUAAUUUUUGUCGAUUUGGAGAUAAAGUAUUUGAAAAGGUAGAAAGAACAAAGGCACUGAAAUCGGAGGAAGAAGUAGAAGAAUUUGGAGGUCUUCAACCAACAGAUAAUGCAAUGGCUUUCUCUUCAAAUGAAGACGUCAAAAAAGAAAAAGAAAAAAAUACGGAAAAAGGAAGCUUUAAAGAAGCAUACUUGAUAAGUCGUCCACUGAUAGCUGGGCUCUUGUGGCUGAGUUAUCGAGGUGACCGUGUUAUCAAAAUUCUUGAUAAGUCAGCCGGCCAA